UCGCUAGAUCGGAGAGAUUCCCCCGGGUGCCUGGGCAGGGGUCAGGGCAGGACUUGGCGGUGUCCAAGACUCCCAGUGAGGCCCCCAGGCCCCUGGGGCCGCAGGAGGGUUACUGUGCCUCUCCCUUCUCUCUUCUGGCCAGCCAGACAGCUGGACUUGUUUCGAGAUAAAUUUGAGGCUGUCAACAGAUAGGAGAAAGACUGACCUCUACUGAUGGCUUGCCACCCAGGGUGAUUUCUCACACCCGUACUUGAUGGACGGGUCCCCAUCCCGGCUAGCUUGCAGCUUCAACAGGAGCAAGAGGGGCUGCCGUACCUUUGCAGCUGCACUAGAGUGACCCAGGGCAGAGGGAGCGUGGCUUCUGUUGGUGGACUCUGACCUUGGCCCUGGUCUGGCAGAGCCCUUGCCCCCAACAGGCCACCCAUGGCCACAAGUCCACAGUAGCUGGAACACACCCUGCACCCCUGGCCCAUCCUGUCCAGUGAGCUCAAGGACCAGCUGUGCUGCUGGAUUUGGACUUUCUUCCCUCACCCAGGGCCAGAGCCAUGUGACCCCACAGAUCUGUGUGCCAGGAUGCGGUGCAUUGUGGUGGGAGUAGCAGGUGGCAUGGAGUGGAACAGAGUCACCUGGAGAAGCAGGGACAGCCUCACCUACUCAGGCGACAACGCGAAGCUAGAAGGAAGCAAAGCUGCCGUGGGGCUAACUUGGGGCCCCCACGCAAACGCACAGGGAGCCCGCGGGCCUUCAGCAGAGAAGUUACUCUUAAGCAGGCCUAGAGCAGAGGACAAGAGCCCUAGGAGCAGGAGGCAGGGCGGCGGUGGGUGGCCCCGAGAGCAGAGCCUCCCCGAAUCUCUGGAGGCCAGAGGGGGCCCAGCAGCUCUCCGAAGCUAGCAGUUGCCCUUGCUCAGUUUUGGACUUUGUUUUGUAUCGGCCCCAAAGACUGUCCGCCCGCCUCAGGGCGGUGCAGAGUCCAGCCUGCUCCUAAGUUACGUCAAUUUAUAGCUUAAAGGGACUGCCUGCCGCGGUUUGCAUCUGGGUAGCAGAGAGGCUGAGGGCGAGGGGCGGAGCUCCGUGGGGCGGAGCUCCGUGGCAGGUGUGGGGAGCAGAGUAUGUCCGGUGUGCUCGCCAGCUCUGGGGACCAGCGGGCCUCGUCCCUGGGCACAGCCUGACCCCUGUCAUGCUUGCUGAAUGUGGCCCAGAGCGCAGUGGUGUGGAGAGCUGAGUGCUCACCUCCCCGCCGGAAGCCCCAGCUCAGCCGGCCCCCCAGGGCGAAGUUCCCAGCGGCCGCUUGUCAGAGGCUGCACCCCCACACGUCCAUUCCCGGCUGCUCAUUCCACGCUCUCAGCACAGGGACUUAGCACCCUGUCCCUUUCACAGCUAUGACAUGGUGCAUUACGGCCACUCUAACCAGCUGCGCCAGGCACGGGCCAUGGGCGACUACCUCAUCGUGGGUGUGCACACUGAUGAGGAGAUCUCCAAGCACAAGGGGCCCCCAGUGUUCACCCAGGAGGAGAGGUACAAGAUGGUGCAGGCCAUCAAGUGGGUAGACGAGGUGGUGCCAGCCGCGCCCUACGUCACCACGCUGGAGACGCUGGACAAGCACAACUGCGACUUCUGUGUCCACGGCAAUGACAUCACACUGACCGUAGACGGCAGGGACACCUACGAGGAAGUGAAGCAGGCUGGGAGGUACAGGUGAGCCGCAGCCAGGGUCCCCGGGGCUCCAGGCUUCUCAGGC